AUGACACGGAUGACGACGACGAUUUUAGUUUACCUAGUGAAUGACGAAGAUGAUUUCAUUCCAAACACAGAUGAAGUUGCAUCGAUUACCAUACAAAAUAAUAAUCAAAAUUUAGAACCAGUUUGGAAUGAUGUAGAUGAUGCUUUUCAGCCUCGUGUUUUAUUCAAUCAAACAAAUGAAACAGUUGGCAUCAACCCAGACAUUAUUGACUGUUUAUCUGAAGGUACACCUUUUGAUUUUUACUCAUUAUUUUUGGAUGAUGAAAUUAUCCAGUUAUUGGUUAAAGAGACAAACCGAUAUGCUGCAGAAUUACUAAAAUCUGUAGUUAGUCCUCAUUCACGCCUAAAACAAUGGGAAACCGUUACUCCCACUGAGAUGAAAAAAUUCUUAGGAAUUAUAAUGUGGAUGGGAUUAUGUCAUAAAUCUUCCAUAGCAUCCUACUGGAAAACAAAUAAUAUUAUUUAUAUAUCCGACAUACCCAAAUUUAUGAAACGAAAACGUUUUGAACUUCUUUUACUGCUCUAA